UAUGUCAACACCAAGUGUAAAACCAAAACUUGUAUAAACUUUUGGAAGAAAGAAGAAUGCUGUUGCCAGUGCUAGCGUUAGAGAAGGAAAAGGUAUAAUUAAACAAUAUAUUACAAGGAAUUGUCAAAGUUAAUGGUGCUCCUAUCGAAUUAGUCAACCCUGCCCCCUUGAGAUAAAAAGCUCUUGAGCCACUUUUAUUGUUAGGCUAAGUCAGAACAGGCAGACUUGAUAUCAGAGUUACUGUUAGAGGUGGUGGUACAACUGCUUAGAUCUAUGCCAUUAGAUAGGUAGGAAAUAUUAAUUAAUAAAAAAGGCAAUCAGCAAGGGUAUUGUAGCAUACUAUUAAAAAUACAUUGAUGAAACAUAAAAGAGAGAAAUCAAGGAUCUUCUUUUAUAAUAUGACAGAACUCUUUUAGUUGCUGAUCCAAGAAGAUGUGAACCACGUAAAUUUGGUGGUAAGGGUGCUCGUGCCAGAAGAUAAAAGAGUUAUAGAUGACUU